AAUCAGCAGCCAGGCAGCCAGCACUGUUCAUUCAAGAGAGGCAGACCGCUCUGUAUUAGGGACAGAGUUAGGGCCACAGAAACGAUACUUGGGGACAGAGAAGCAUUACUCAGGGACACAGAAUUGUUAAUGAGGGCCACAGAAUCGUUACUUAGGGCCAAAGAAACGCUAGUUAGGGCCACAGAAUUGUUACUCAGGGACAGACAGAAUUGUUACUGAGUGCCAGAGAAUUGUUACUUAGGGCCACAGAAACGUUAGUUAGGGCCACAGAAUUGUUACUCAGGGACAGACACACAAUUGUUACUGAGGGCCACAGAAUUGUUACUUAGGGCCACAGAAACGUUACUCAGGGACACAGAAUUGUUACUGAGGGCCACAGAACUGUUACUUAGGGCCACAGAAACGUUAGGGCCACAGA